GGGACGCGCGAAGGACGGAGAGAGCAGCGCUCCCGACCCGUGCUUGUAUGUCACCACAAUGAUUCCACCAGGAGAAUGCCUAUAUGCUGGCAGGAAAAGACGGAAACCCAUUCAGAAACAGAGGCCUGCGCUUGUGAAUGGAAAGUCUAAUCCAUCAAAACGACAUAGAGACCGCUUGAAUGCUGAACUUGACCACCUGGCCAGCCUCUUGCCUUUCCCACCAGAUGUAAUCUCUAAACUGGACAAACUCUCUGUCUUACGGCUCAGUGUCAGUUACUUUAGAGUAAAAAGUUUCUUUCAAGCUCUUCAAGAGAAGCACCCGAGAAAGCAAACAAAUGAUGGAAUAAAAGAAAUUAGCUUACUCAAGGAACCUGCAAUUCCUGAAGGUGGAUUCUUAUUAGAGUCAUUGAGUGGCUUUGCUCUGAUAGUGAGUGGUGAUGGGAUGAUAUUCUACGCAUCACCAACAAUUGUGGACUACCUAGGAUUUCACCAGACUGAUGUAAUGCAUCAAAAUAUAUAUGAUUAUAUUCAUGUGGAUGAUCGGCAGGAUUUCUGCAGGCAACUACACUGGGCCAUGAAUCCACCACAACUAAUGCCUGGAGGACAUGAGCAUGCAGCAACAGGAGAAGAAUUUAUUCUUAGUAAAAUGUGUACAGCGCAAGAGGGUGACAACAUAGCAGACUUUUCACCAUUUUUAACUCGUUGUUUUACCUGUCGAAUCCGCUGCCUUCUAGACAGUACUUCUGGCUUUCUUACCAUGCAUUUCCAGGGUAAACUGAAAUUUCUCUUUGGGCAGAAAAGGAAAUCAUCCUCAGGAGCUAUUUUACCCCCUCAGCUCUCUUUAUUCUGCAUAGUGGUACCACUUCUGCUUCCUUCUGUGACUGAUGUGAAGUUAAAAAGCCUUUUUGUGAAAACAAGAUGCAAAUCUGAUCACACAGCUGCAACAGAUAUAAACUCAAAGUCCAUUUCUGCACAGUAUAUGGCAGAUUUUCAUAGAAGAAAUACUUUUCAAGAAGGAGAGAAUAAUAGGGAAAAUGGCAUUUCCUUAGUGAAGCUGCAAGCGAACAAAGACCACUGGGUUUGGAUACAGGCGAAUACUCAGGUUCAGUAUAGAGAUGGUUCUUCAGAAUAUGCCAUUGCUCUUCAGCAAACUCCCAGGGAAGAUAGAAUUCCAAAGAUACCAAACAGCAUUGCAACCAUGAAAAGGAACAGGGAAACAUUGGGACAGAAGAAACAUAGUAAGUGGAGCUCAAGGAAGAAAGAGCAGGAUAAUAUAAAAGUGAAAUUUGAACGCAAUUCAAAUAAUGAGGAAUUUUUCAUUCAGCAAGAAUUUGUUAAUCCUGCUGUCUCAUUGCUUGGUGUCCAGCACAAUAACAAUGGACAUGGCAUGUGGACUUCAAGAAAUCCUCCAAGUUCUUGUUCUAGAAGCCAGCACAACGAGAACAUGUAUUCAAACAAAACUUUAAGACCUCGCUACAAUAGAGAUCAGCAGCUCUUUGGUUUGUCAUCAACCUGUUCUUCCCCCUGGGGUGGCAUAGAAAGUUGCCAUCCUUAUCCAAGCUUGCAGCAAUUCACACUAGACAGUUACUCAGGAGAAUAUAUGAAGGUACAAUGCCCACCAGUAUCCCCAGAAACUCUGUACAACACUCAUAACAUGCCGAUCAAAACAGAAUAUGAUUCAGAUUCUGAAAACAUAGCUAGUAGUUAUACCAUUUCACCAAGUCAGGUUUGGAUGGAUGAAAACUACACAAUGAAAAAGCAGUCAAUGGAAUUUUCUUCUAGGGUCCACCUUAAAACAGAACUAGACCUCGGCGAGCAAUUCUUCCCUUGCCAAACCCCAAAGCAUUGUGUCUACUCACCAUAUAACUGGCAACACGUAGUAAUGCAUCAUACCAAUAACCUCAAUAGAAAUGGAGUUGGCAAAGUUGUGCGUAAUAAGGAGGCAACUUCUUUGAGCCCUCAAAAGCCCAUCUGUAUAGAAACAACACAGAGAGAGCCAGCUUCAUAUUACUGCAAUCAGUUUUAUAGUGCAAAUUUGAUUGAUGAGAGGGGGCUGAACGGCCAGGUUCUGAAGACACACUCUGAAUUUAAAAAUCCCAAGAUUGUUCAAUCGGUUAAACAUGAACCUUUGGACCCUCCUUUUGUAUCUGACAAUGGUCAGGAUGGAGUACAGACUUCUCUCCAUGAAACUGCAUUAGCAAGUUUUCAUCCUCAUAAGAUAAUGCGGCAGCAAAGUGUAUAAUGUGUUAGGGAGCUUCCAAAUGUUCACAUCAGCAUUAGUAGUUUAGAGAUGGUACCCAAACAGGACAUAUCUCAUCAAUAAGAGAUUUCCCAUUAUAGGGAUUCAGGUCUGCUAUUUUGUGUGUGUGUUGGCUCCAUUUAACACAUGAAUUGUGGAAGAUGGGAUAUUGCUAAUUCAGAUGCCAAUUGCUCACAUAACAUGAUCUGUAAAAGUGCCCUUAAUAGUUAUAUAAGUAUGACCUAAUAUUUUGCAGAUAAUUGCUUUUAAAAUACAAGAAUAAUUAAAAUGUUUCAUUUAAUAGGAAAAUAUUUGAAUGAAACUACAAGCAGUUGAUUACUUGUGGCCAAUGGUAGCUGUACCAACUGGGUUAGGAUGGUCUCCUGUGCUAUUUAUGCAAUUAGAUGAAGAGGAAUUAAAAAGAAACACAUUGGUUUUUUUGUUUUUGCUUUGUUUUUUAAAAAAGGGCAUUUCCUUGCAGGAAAACGAGGAAGGAAGAGGAAGAAAGUGAUAUCAGUAUUUAAGCCAAAGUGGGUCUUUAUAAGGGACGGGGGAAACUGAAGGCACUGCAGUCUGUGUAGGGCAAGAGUUAUAGAAAGGACAGAUAGGGAAGGAGAAAUAAAAUUAAAACUGUUCCAAGGACUGAAAGGCAACCCAGCAACAGCUCAUAUCUUUAUACGAAGAUGCUGGCACAGUUUCAGGUAAAAUAUUUUAGCCACAUUGAAAUGAAUCAAAAGAUUUGCAAUGUUAAAUUGGAUAACCACAGGAUGUUCAUGCAUACUUCAUGAAACAAGGUUGGUUAGCCUAACUUCCAGACCCUGUGAAUUGCCCCAGUGGCAUCUUCAGAUUCCUCAAUUUUUGCCUAUUCUCCUUUGUUUUCAAGGUUUAAAUUGCUGUGGCUUGCUAUCUCUGCUUACAUUGAUCAGGAAAGUCCUAUUUGGCUGUUGAUGGUUGACAGUGGCUAGUGCUCUCCUGCUCUUAUGAGCCAGGAGGACAGGCAUUUAUGCUGAUUCAACUGUUGUGCUAUAUUACUAACGUUUGUAAUAUGGGGAAACAGCAUGAUGCCUAGCACUGAAGUGCCGAUAACAAAAUAUGACUAUCUCUAAUGUUUCUAGUUUUCAUAUUGUUUUGCCUUCUCUUUAUAUUUUAUAAGAGAAUAGCAGUACAGCUUUGUAAUUCAAAUUAGUUAAAAACCCUGUAACAAUCAAUGUACAUAUAAUUAAAUCAACAUGUACUGGAGCUUGCAAAAAUCAAAUAUUAUCAUUGGGCAUUUUGUUUAUCCACGUGUAAUGUCUGUUGCCUCGCUGAGUAAAGUAGUAGUUUAGGGAUACCUGAUCAAGAUAAUAAAUUUCAUAUUCUGAGAGUAUUCAUGGGAAAUGUAUUAUAAGCAAUUUAUCAGCAUAAGAACAAUUCUACUACCAAGUCAAACAUAAGUACCUGUAGUAAUAUUAUUUUAAGUAUUAUAAUCACAAUAAUAUAUAUAAAACAUAGGCAGAUCAAUUAAUAUUUUACCUUAGUAAUUUUUACAGUUAAAAUAUACCAUCGGCUGCUCCAGAGUCUAUAUUGUAAGUUAUAUAGCAGUAUUAACAUGAAUAAAUAAUUCUGUGAAAAAAAAUCAAUUUUGUUUGCAAGUCAAACAUCGUCGAUUUUCAGUCUUAAAGUUAAUUGGUUGCACAUGCAGAGCAAUUGAUGUAAUCUAUAAAUGUCAAAUGUCUGGUGUUUAAGCAAGAGAGAACUACAGAAAUAUAUUUGGAUAAUAUGCAUAGUAUUACUAUGCGUAAUAUAGUGUAUAAAAUUUAUUAUAUAAUAGCAGCUAUAGUGGUCUGAAAAAUAUAUCAAGCUGAUCUGAAGCAGAAUAAAUUGUAAACAAAAAGGCUUAUAUCAUUGCUUAUUUUGGUAUUCUUUUCUGGUGAAGAAAAAGUCAUCAAAUUAGAAGUUUCUGCAUUGUUGUCCAGCUGCUGAAACAAUUGCACUAUUGGGUGAGUUUCUGUAAAGGUUUCUCACUCUUAACUUCAACUUUAAAAUAAUAUUUCCUAAUUUUAUACUCUGCUGCUGUCUGAAAAUGUACAAUUUAGUAUUUGUAAAUAAAAUUGUCUAUGUAAAUUGA